CGGCGCCUAUCUUGAUAGUUGAUAAUAUUAUAAUUAUGUCAAAUUAUGUACAAACUUAGCGUCCCACAGCGUCCCAUGCAGUUUGGUAAAUAAGUUCGCACCGCAUAUGUAAAUAAUAUGCAAGAAGACUAGAGAUCUCUUCUUCUAUAAACAAAUAUAGUGAUAUCAAUCUAAACAUCUAAAUUUGUGAUUGUGUUUUUCUAAUUAAUGACUUACAACAUUACAUGUUAAUAGCAAACAAAAACAGGUUUUGUGUGACAUAAUCACAAUACAUCGUACACCAUGGAAUUAUCACCAUAUCUUGAGGCGAUCCAAAAAAUACCAGGUAAGACACCUGGUGAAAAAUAUGAAGCACUGAAUCGUAUUGCCAAAAAGCUCAUUGAUGAUGCAAUGGAAAUUGAUGACAAUUGUGUGAAAAAUAUUAAUGUCAAGUGUACAGCUGAACUUCCAGAGUGUCUUGUGCCUAUUGUUCAACUUGAGGUGGCUAAAAUUCUUCAUCAACCUGAUGAUAUUGUGACUGCACUUAAAUCUGAUGAUGCCUUUAUCAAUGAUCGUGCACUCAAAGCCAAGUGGUUUUUUGAUGGCAGCAAUGAGAACAUCACCAACAGUCAAUACUUUAAUAAUUACAUUUUUCCACAUGUCUCAUUGACUGUUCGCAUUAAAAUUAUUAAAAACUUGGCAAAAUAUUUGAUGUUGUCCAAUAAACAAAGUGUUGCUGAAAAUUUUUACAUUGAAUUAAAAGAACAAUAUGGUGAAGAAUUAGUGAGACCACUUUGUUUUGCCUGUGGAGAAGACUUCAUUCGUAUUACUACUAAUGAAUGGAAAAAACCAGUCAGUGUUAAUGAGCUUGAAAUUAUCUAUCCACGUUUUCCAAAUUUCGUUAUUUCAUUAUUGAAAGAAAAACCAUACAGAAAAUUUUUACCCAAGAUACUAAAAAAACAUGCUGAUAGUUUUGUUGAUAUUGUCAUCAGAUCAAGACCAAAUUUAGUUGUCAAGUUGAGUAAUAAAAAAUGUGAAUUAUUGUUAAAAAAUGCACGGAAUGCUUUCUUGAACGAUCCAAAACCCUUUAUGCGUUUACUGUCUUUAAAAUUUAUAACGGCAAAGCUUAAUAAAUUGGAAUUUCAUCAAUUUUAUGAAAAUCUAUUUCCACAAAAUUAUAAAGAACUUUGUUUUACAACACUCUACCAAUAUUUAGAAUACUAUCCUGAAAAAGAAAAAUUAGAUCUUUUAAUGUCAACAUUUGAAAAUCUUUAUGGAAUAAAUUUUUUGGAGUGUGUUGAUUCAAUAUCAUUUCCAUAUUUAUUAGAAAAUUAUGCUGAUGUUUUCGUUGACAAGCUAAGUAACGAAAAAUAUGAAUUAUUUUUAAAAAAUGUACUGAAUGAUUUUGGGACAAAUCGAAAGCUCUUUGAUCAUUCUAAGUCUCUAGAAUUGAUUACAUCAAAGCUCAAUAGAUUUGAAUUUUAUCAAUUAUUUAAACAAUUUUUUCCACAAAAGUAUGAAGAAUUUCAUUUUGAAAUACUCUACAAAUACUUGAAAUACUAUCCAACCGAAGAAAAAUUAAGUUUUUGGAUAUCAACAUUUGAAGAUGUUUAUGGACUAAGUUUGUUGGAGUGUACCGAUUUGAUAUCACCACAAUUAUUACGAUUGUUAAAUCCUGAAGAGAGGAUUAGAAUCGCUAGAAAAAAAAUCGAAAAAAAUGAUACAUCACGUUACAUUGAACGUUCAUGGAUAUGUUAUUUGCCAACAGAUGAAUCAAUUCCAUUGAUAAAAGAAAAAAUAUCAAAAGAAUCUGUUAUUAAUAAUCGCUGUGUAUAUUUACAAGAGCUUAUAUACACAUGUAGUGUCAACAAGGAUAACGAUGCUCUCCUCGAUGUGUUGGAAUACAUAUUCAUGCGACACAAAAAUGAGCAAAAUCCAGUAAUUCCAAAUGUUUUAAGCAGACUACGUACUGAUUUUGAUGUUAAAAAUUUACCAAAAGAACAUUUAACUAUUGUUGAUCAAUUUGUGAUGUUUUUAUAUAUAAAAUAUGAGCUUGAAUCAUGUGAAGAUGUAAGUGAAAAAUUAAUUUGUGAUUUAAUAUUCUCAAAAUUAGAACAUAAUGAAGAAUUCAAUAGGUACAUUGAACUUUAUAUUGAGCUUUAUCGUAAAAAUAUUUCGAAACGUUAUGAUUGGAACAUUCUUAAAGAUUAUCCUGAUUACGAAAGAAAGUAUUUGAUUGCAUGUAUAGAGAACGUAUGUAAGCAAAAAGACUUACCAGCAUUUGUCAAUACUCUGUUGCGUAGUAUGUAUGGUUUUAAUCAAAGAAAUGCCAAGGCUAACGUUCCAUUAGAAAAUUUCAGUAUAAAAAAUUAUCCAUUAUUGUAUAAAGUUGUAAAAAGUAUUGUAACACGAGAUCGUGAAACAGAUAAACACUGGUACAAGUUAUUACAAAAAUCACCAGAAAAAAUUAUAAAUAAUUGGAGUAAAUAUCUUGAAUUAUGUAAAGAUAGAAUCACGACAUGUAAUCUUGCUCGUCGAUUCCUUCGUUAUACUAGAUGGCACCAAGAUUUACCCGUCAUGUUUGCAAAUCAAUGUUUGAAAGAAUUAUAAAUAAAAGAGAAUGAUGAUAAUCAUAAAAAUCUUUGUAUUCUUGCAGUUUUGUAUGAGGGUGCAUCAUAUGAAAAAUUAUUUACACCUUUUAUACCACAAUCAAAAACACUUGAUUUGUUAUUCGGCAGCAAUAUAAGAGACGAGUAUAGAUUCAACUGUUCAAUUUUAUGGUCAUUGAACAUUGUCAAUCCACCAGUAUCAUUCUCACCAAUCUUUGAAUUUUGUCAAGACGAUUAUGUCGAUAAAGCUGUCAACACGUUAAACAACAUUGGUCGUCGUGUGCCUGUUGACAAAGUCAUAGAAUUCUCCAAAACUCUUGUCAAUCAAAAAGUAUCUGUUAAAAAACAUGGUAUUAGAUUAUUUUGUCAAGUAGCCAGUCAUGAUCAAAUUCAAGAAAUAAUGUUGCAUCUGUGGAAGAAAGAAAAGCAUAUAUCAAUCCGUCAUGUUUUAUAUAAAAAAUUUUCCCAACUACUUAUUGAUACACCUUCUUCCCAAAGUUGGAGUAUAAUGCAAAUUUGCAUGGAUGAGGUCAAGACUGAAGAUCACUUUUGGGAUAAAAUUUUUGAUGUCUCUGAGGUCCCUGAUGAUUUUUUCGAAUGUUACAUAUCAAAAUUGUUUGAGACAAUCAAGAGAGUCGAAGAAACAGAAAAUAAUUUUGGACCAUCGAAAAGUGAAGCAUGUAUGCGUCCUGAAUUGUAG